AUGGUCAAAACACUCCCCUUCGCCAACAUCAAGGUUCCCACGCCAGGCUUUGGGGCGAUGGGUCUAAGCUUCGGCCUGGGCAGCAACCUGUCGCUAGAGGAAGCCGAGCCCGUGCUGCUGAAAGCCAUCGAACUGGGAUGUACAUUCUGGGACACAGCCGUCGUCUAUCAAGCAGGCGUGAACGAGAAGCUCCUGGGUGACUUCAUCAGGAAACACAACGUCCGUGACAAAGUCUUCAUCGCCUCAAAAUGCGGCUUCAAUGUCUUCGGCGGCGGCGGCAUCACCAAUUCCGCCGCGCACAUCAAGGAAUACAUCGAGGGCACCAUUGAACGGCUGGGCUUCGCCCCGGACCUGUACUACUUGCAUCGGAUAGAUCCCAACACCCCGCUGGAGGAGUCCAUCCCGGCGCUGGAUGAGAUCCGCCGAGCCGGCAAGACCAAGUACAUCGGUCUGUCCGAGUGUUCGGCCGCGACGCUGCGCAAAGCCAACUCCAUCGCCAAAAUCGACGCCAUCCAAGCCGAGUACUCCGCCUUCGAAACACUGCACGAGACAGACGGUCUCAUCGACACAUGUCGCGAACUCAACGUAGCCUAUGUGGCGUACAGCCCGCUGGGCCACGGGUGGCUCGUGGAUGACUUCCCAUUCAAGACGCCGGACGACUUUGCGGAGGGUGACUUCCGCCGCACGAGUCCCAAGUUCCAAGGUGAGAAUUUCUACAAGAACCGGGCUAUUGUGGAGGAGAUCAAGAAGCUUGCUGCGCGGAGGGGCUGCUCGAUUAGUCAAAUCGCGCUGGCGUGGGUUGCUGCGCAGGGGUUCAUUGCUAUCCCGGGGACCACGAAGGCGACUCGGUUGGAGCAGAAUUGGGCUUCGAGGGAGAUUGACUUGACGGAGGAGGAGAAGCAGGCGAUGAGGAAGAUCAUUGAUGCUGCGAAGCCGCAUGGGAACCGGUAUGGCGCUGCGAAUCAGGCUUUGGUGGGGCACUAG